AUGUCGUCCACCAGCAACGCCUCCAUUGACAAGUUCAACGGAGACAAUUACGCAACGUGGAGCCGGUACAUGCGCGGUGUGUUUUUGACGAAGUCCGUCUGGCACGUCGUCAACCGUGAAGUGACUCCGACUUUCACCGACCCGCGAGCGUCCGAUGACUACGUCAAGGCAAGCAACGUCGCGUUUGCCUGGGUUGCGUGGACAAGUCUGAAGACGCUGUACGGUGGGUCGCAGAAGGCAGGACGCAUCUACCUCAAGCGACAACUUUUCAGUAUCAAGAUGGAUGAAGGCGCGAACGUCAUGCAUCACUGCAACGAGGUCCUCAACAUCUCCGCCAAGCUUAGCGGCAUCGGUGCGAAGAUGGAAGACGAAGACGUUGCAAUUUGUCUGCUACUCAGUCUUCCGAAGAGCUACGAAAAUGUGGUGCUCAACAUGAGCAGCACCGAGCUUCGCACUCAAGAUGUGGUGAGAGUCCUGACGAAUGAGCAUGCCAAGCGUCAAGGAGAAAAAGGGACAACGACAGCGACUACGGUGAAGGCUGAAGAUGCAAGCAAGGCAUUCAGCGCCGAGCGUGAGCCCUACCAAUGCACGUAUUGUGGCAAGGUGGGACACACGGUGGAUCGUUGCUGGACAAAGCAGAAGAACGAAGGUCGGGGAGCCCGACGCGGCGGCAAUGGUCGUGGACGCGGGGCUAACAAUGUCCAGUGGGGACAUCAUGAUGAAGGCAAUGGCUACGAUCGAGUGGCGUUUGCAGUCUCGUUCGAAUGUGGAGUUUCGACGAGCAAGGACGUGUCUGGAAUGUGGGCCGUCGACAGUGGUGCAACGCACCACAUUUGCCACGACAAGACCAAGUUCGCAAGUUUGGCAGAGCGCAAUGAGGGCGAACUCUUGGUGGCUGAUGGCAACAAGGUGGCCAUCAAGGGUGUGGGAACCAUCAUGGAAAAGGUGGUUCUGCCCAACGGUGAAGAGCGUGAGAUCGAAAUCAAGAACGCGCUAUAUGUUCCAAGUAUGAGCAAGAACCUGCUCUCGGUGCCACAGGUUAACAGCCAUGGCAAGUUUCAAGUCGUGUUUGACGGGUCCAAGAUGUAUGUGACUCUCAAGAACUCACAGCAAGUGGUGGCGACAGCGGAUCUCGUGGAUGGACUCUACUGGCUUCGGACGACUCAACGAUCAGCGAAUGUGACAACAAGUGGAACCAGUUGUGCCGAUCUACAUGCGAGAAUGGGUCAUGCUCCAGUCGAUGUACUUCGCAAGAUGAUCGCGACCAACAUGAUCAAGGAUGUGCGAGUCCCUCUCAAGUCGGGUGGAGCAACUACAUGUCGAGGAUGUCAACAAGGGAAAAUGGUCCAAAAACCAUUUCCAAGCAACCGAGACAAGCGCAGCUACGAUACGUUUGAGCUACUUCAUCUGGACAUCUGCGGGCCCAUGGAAAAGGAUUCGCUCGGUGGCAGCAAAUAUUUGCUGCUGAUCAUCGACGAAGCCAGUGGAUGCAUGAAGGGCUUUUGUCUACGAGUGAAGACCGAGAGUGAAGACUACAUCCGGAAAUAUAUCACCAUGGUACAGACGCAAUUCUGUAAGAAGGUCAAGUUCGUGCGACACGACGGAGCUCGCGAGUUUGCAACCAACUUGCUUCAACUGUUCUACGAAGACGAAGGCAUUGAAUAG